GACGCUUUGAUGUAAAAUUACGAGCCUUCAUUGACUCAGAUGAUAAAUUCCACAUCGAAAGAAAUGAAAUUAUCAAAAUAUUGUCUUGUUUAAGAAUGUAAAGAUAAUUUCAUCUGAGGAUAAUAAAUCAACUUUUUAAAAAUGUUUUCCGACUUAAUUUUGUUUGGGACGUUAUUGGUGAAUGCCUGUGCUGUUGUCAACUUUAAGCUGAAAAAGAAACAAACAGAAGCCUUUGAUGCAGUGUUAGAACCUGGUGUUGGUGACAAGAUAAGGGAGUUUCUACUCAGUUUGCGGUAUUUUAGAGUCUUCAUAGGCCUGUGGAAUGUCUUCAUCAUGUUUUGCAUGCUAGUAUUCUUUAGUCAUUGAUAAUCAUGUCUUCAGUCAUUGACAUUGGAAGAUGAGUGUUGGGGAAUUUCAUCAUUUUGCCAUUAGACCAUGGAUGAGGAGAAACAUUAUAAACAUUAAUUUAUUUUUGUACUAAUUUAUUUAUUGCUCACAGAAUCUGAUUUUGGAUUAUAGAAUCAUGGGAAAUAAAUUAGAUUUCUGGUUGUUAAAGUCAAGGUUUUAUUUUAACUCUUAAACUGUUUAUUAUGAUCAUGAAAUGCAUUUGCCUGGCAUGAAUUAAAUGUCUUACUGUUAAUUUCAGGUAUUAAAUUUUGAAAAUUUUAUUACCUAAAAUUAACCAGACAAAUUACAAAUAGUUUUGUCUGGAGUUUAAAUAUACUAGUACUAUUAUGUUGGCAGAUUGAAUUUCCUAUUGGUAAAAUGGGCAAGUCAGUAUUAUCACUACAUGUAGUAUACAGAGUGUGACAUUGUGAUCAUUAAUCUUUAACCUGCUAGCAGCAACUGAUUCAACUCAUAGAACCAGUGCAAAGAUCAGCCGGCACAUCCAUGGCAUUCUGAUAAUGGUGGUCCUGUUCUUUAUUGAGUCUGUACUUAUUUUUAAAUUCUCUUCAAAUAUGAUAAAUGGUUUUGUCUAGAUUGAAAGAUGAGCAAGCCCAGUUAAGAUAUUUAGUGUUGUAAGGGUUAAUUGUAAAAACAGAUUCUUAUGUGAUUCUUUAUUAUUUUAAAAUUGAAGCAUUGGCUCCGCUCGUAAAACAUGUAAAAGUUUUAGCUUUGCUAUUCAAAGGAUAAUGUGGCUAUCCCACUCAUUUACAUACCAUCAUCAGUGAAAAUCAUGUUAAAAUUUUGCUUUCAACUUCAUACAUCUCAAGCUGUUUGCUUAAAACUUCACAUGUUUGUUUAGGGUCUGUCAAGCUAUUUGCUUAACACUUCACACGUUUAUUUAGGGUCAUACAUAUAGCUGUAGGGUACUGUCCUGAACUCUUUAGUGAAGUCAUUCUAGAAAAAUUCUUGGUUAAGGUUAUGCAUGCAAGAUCAUUCUCCACAAGGACUCAAAGUAUUCUUUUGAAAGGUCAUGUAUAAUUCUGUAUAGGAUUUUGUUUGAAUUAUUCUGAAAUUAGAAAAUUUGUACAUUAUUAAAUUUUAGACUAUUAUUUAACUAUCAAUCAUAAAAUAGUGACAUUAUGCUCAUUCUUUCACUGUCAAGUUGAGUUAAAUAAGUACUAUAUUUAAAAACAUUGGCUGUUUUAAUGGUGAUUGAGUAAUAAUUGAUCAUGCAAAAUGUGUAUGAUGCACUCUAAAAAGACUGCCCCACUAUUUUAAAGAAUUGAGCAUUAUCAAUACACUCUGCACAAUAUUUAAAGAAAAUUUCAAUUGGUCAUGUGGAUUAUUCAUGUUUUUCAUAGUUAAAUAGAUUAUGCCUGAACAUCAAGUUAUAUUUAAUUUUAUCUGUUCACUGACCAUCUACAUUAGGAUGGGCAUACAUGUAUUGUCAUAUUUUUUUUUAAGAAAAUUGUUAGACUGGCAACUAUUGUUCCCAAAUAUUAUUGUAGCUUUUUGUUGCUAAUGUUAAGUUAUUUAUACGUUAGUUGUGAUAUUUUCUCCAGCUUAGUGAUAUAUUUUUGUAUACAUAUAUGUUUUGUUGUGCUGUGAAUACGCCAUUGUUUUCUGGUAAAACUUGCCAGAAAUAGCAUGCCAAAAUAGGAAUUUCUUUUUAGAAUAUAGAUAAUCAUGAAUUUUCAGUAAGAGUAUACUUUUAAUGUAUCAUAAGUAUUACUUUAGAAAAGAAAAAAAAACUAGUGAAAAAAAGAAUUAUUUUUCAUUUAAGUAAAGAAAUGAUCAUUUGCUUUCUUUAUUUAAUACUUUAUGAGUCUAAUGAGAAAUUGAAUCAAUUUUUGUAUUAAUAAAUAAUUGAAAGAUUGAUGUGAUUUCAAUGCAGUUCAUUGAUAAAAUAUGCUUAAAUGACUCAGUUGUUUAAACACUUGACUCAUCUACCACCUCCUAUCUGCCAGAUAAAAUAACCAGCAUGGGUAAAACUAACAGAAACAUCAAUCUGACAUAGGCUGUAUCAAAGGUGUAACUGUAUAAAAUUUUAUAAAUUAGAACGAUUAAAAACACAUGUUGUUUACUUCAUUGACACCUUAGCAGGAGAUUUAAAAUACUUUAUAGAACCUUGGAAAGAUGAAAUCAAUAAUACUGCAGUUAUAUUUUUGUAAGAAGAAAAUUAUAGUUUGAAUGUAAAUUAUGCAUAAUAUAGUUUUCAGCAAAAUUGAUAAAAGCUGUUUACUUAAUCUAUAAGGUUAUUUACUGAAGGUGAUUUAAAUUUUAGAAAUCUUUGUAUUAGACAUGUUAGAUACAUGGUAUUGAUAUAGAAAAUAAAAGAGUUGUUUAUGUUCAUUGCAAAGACCUUGGAAAGUUUUUUUCUUCUCAUUUUACCAUUUUAAAUCAUUAUUAUCAUUUGUAAAUUUGUAAAAUAUUGGGUUUGUAUAUUUUAGUUAAAAUUUAGCACACAUUUACAAUGUAUGUAAAGAGAUCAAUUGUAUUUGCAAUUGAAAAGGUAUGAAACAUGACCAUGAAAGAGUAUUUUGUUUUGACACAAAUUGUCACCUCUGAAUUUUUGUUGAAAUAACAUAUUUAAAUAAUUAUGUAAGCAAGCUUGUGAAAAUUUCAAGAUUUUGUUCAGUCAUCUUGCAUAAGAUGGAACAAAAAUAAUGAGAAUAUGAUUUUAUUGUGAAAAAGACAGUGACAAAUAUAUGUACAAGUAAUUAACACAGACAAAAGUUUGUACUAUGGUGACAGAAUACUGGAAAAGACAUAAAAUGAGGGGCUUUAAAAGACUUGGUCAAUACAAGCCAAAAAGUAGUUUCUGCGCCCGUCCCCCCCCCCCAUAUCUCCCUACCUUCUUUUAAACUGCAGACCCUAGCCUUGUUUGUGAUUUGUGUUUUGUUUGUUUUUUUGUGCACAAUAAUUAUAUAUAUUGUAUAAAAGUGAUAAACCUGUCAACCACCAUUUUCAGGGGGUCUGAGGUCAGAAACAGAUUUUUAUGGGUUUUAUCUUUAUUUUGGUACACCUGGUCCAGACAAGUCAUACUUAAACCCUCUUGAUGUAUAUGUUUAUGAACAUGUUUAAUUGUUUAUACAUAAGAAAGGAAUUUUUGGAAUGGAAUGUAUGUAAUCUCAAUUGUAAAUAUGAUGGAUGUUUGUUUUAAGUAUACAUUGCAUAUAUAAAGAAAACUUGGAAGGAAAAAUAAAGAUGAUUUUACAAAUAAAGAAUAAAUUUCA